AUAUAGUGAAUGCGGGGUCCGGGGAGAGAGGAUAUAGUGAAUGCAGGGUCCAGGGAGAGCGGAUAUAGUGAAUGCAGGGUCCGGGGAGACCGGAUAUAGUGAAUUCAGAGUCCAGGGAGAGCGGAUAUAGUGAAUGCAGGGGUCCUGGGAGAGCAGAUAUAGUGAAUGCAGGGUCCGGGGAGACCAGAUAUAGUGAAUGCAAGGUCCGGGGAGACCAGAUAUAGUGAAUGCAAGGUCCGGGGAGACCAGAUAUAGCGAAUGCAGGGUCCGGGGAGACCAGAUAUAGCGAAUGCAGGGUCCGGGGAGACCAGAUAUAGUGAAUGCAGGGUCCGGGGAGACCGGAUAU